AUGCAAAAUGCCUACUUUAAAGGGUUCACCCAAGGGGUGGAAGUCACCAACUUAUUCGUUUGGAACUUCUAUGGCGAGCUGAUUCAUGCGGCUAUAAAUUUCCCGGGGAGCUGGCACGACACUAAACUUGCCAGUGCAUCUGGUCUUUACUUUCCAAAGUUAUCGGACGAAUACACGCCGCCUGGAUACGCUGUACUUGGGGAUAGCGCAUUCGUUAAUAAUUUGAAAGCGACAAACGGAAAGGUCGUUAGAGGACGGAAGUCUAACGAAACGAACGACAUUCCGUGUUCGCUCGCCCUUGCUGCGGUGGAUACAAUUUUACAGCGCGCAAUGCCCAGUGAAAGACAGUCGGCGGAAUGGGGAGUGAGGGCAAUAAAAGGCCCUUUUGCCAGAUUGAAGGUGCCUCUUCCUGCAGAUUCUAAGAAACGAUAUCGUUUGCUGAGAAUAUGUUGUCACAUGUUUAACUUUCGCACUCGCCAUGUCGGCCGAAACCAAAUUCGUUCUACGCACUGUAACCGGCGACCAGCACAAUAA